AUGGCUUUCUUCACUUAUGUUUCCAUGUUAAUCACAGUUUUCACUUUGUUCUAUGGACUUUUCAAUCCUGCAUGCUCAAUUUCCUUCAACUUCUCAAACUUUCAACCAAACUUAUAUCUAAUAAACUUCCAAGGUGAUGCAUUUUGCUCCAACAAUGUUCUUCAGUUAACAAAAAACCAACUGGAUGGUCCCAUCACAAGCAGCGCCGGUCGCGCUUCAUUCGAUCAACCGGUGAAGCUCUACGAUAAAGAGACACAAGAGUUGACUGAUUUCACAACACAUUUCACCUUUAAAAUGAAAGCUGUUAUUGCGACGCAGUUUGGCGAUGGUUUAUCGUUCUUCAUCGCCCCGUUUCAAUCUGAUAUCCCGAUGAAUUCGUCUGGCGGUUACCUUGGCUUGUUCAACAAUGUAACUGCAUUUGAUACUAAUAAAAACCAAAUAGUAGCUGUUGAGUUUGAUAGUUUUCAGAAUGAUUGGGAUCCAAGCUCUGAUCAUGUUGGAAUCAAUGUUAACUCGAUUCAAUCGGUUCAAAAUGUUACUUGGAAAAGAAACAUUAAAAACGGCUCGAUUGCGAAUGCUUGGAUAUCGUAUAACUCUACAACAAAAAACCUUUCUGUUUUUCUUACUUAUGCUAAUAAUCCAACUUUUAAUGGAAACUCUAGUCUUUCACAUGUUAUUGAUUUGAGAGAUUUUUUGCCUGAAUAUGUUAGGAUUGGUUUCUCAGCUGCUACAGGUCAAUGGAUUGAAUUACACAACAUUCUAUCAUGGUCAUUCAAAUCAAAUUUGGAAAGUGGUAAUGGUAAAAACAUCAAGGUUGGUUUAGCAGUUGGUUUAAGUGUUUGUUUAUGUUCUUUAUCUUGUUUUCUAUGUGUUUUAUGGUUCACUCUUUGGAGAAAAAGAAAAGGAGUACUAAACAAAGGUAAAAGAGAUAAUAAUAUUACAGGUUUGGACUAUUCUAUAGACGACGAUGAAUUCGAGAGAGGAACUGGUCCUAAAAAGUUCACUUACAAACAACUAAGCAAUGCAACAAAUGGUUUUGAUGAAAAAGGAAAGCUUGGAGAAGGUGGAUUUGGAGGAGUUUACAAAGGUUUACUUUCAAAGAAAACAAAAAUGGAAGUGGCUGUGAAAAGGGUUUCAAAAGGGUCAAGACAAGGAAAAAAAGAAUACAUAUCAGAAGUAAGAAUAAUAAGCAAACUAAGACAUAGAAACUUAGUCCAACUCUUAGGUUGGUGUCAUGAAAAGAAUGAACUUUUACUUGUUUAUGAGUACAUGCCUAAUGGAAGUCUUGACUUUCAUCUAUUUGGAAAAGGGGUUAUGCUAAGUUGGAAUAUAAGAUACAAAAUAGCAUUAGGUUUGGCUUCAUCUCUUCUUUAUUUGCAUGAAGAAUGGGAACAAUGUGUGGUGCAUAGAGAUAUUAAAUCAAGUAAUGUGAUGUUGGAUGCAAACUUUAACUCCAAGCUUGGUGAUUUUGGUCUUGCAAGGCUAGUGGAUCAUGAACUUGGUUCACAAACAACAGUUUUGGCAGGUACAAUGGGAUAUUUAGCACCAGAAUGUGUGACAACAGGGAAAUCAAGUAAAGAAUCUGAUGUUUAUAGUUUUGGAGUUGUUGCACUUGAGAUCACAUGUGGUAGAAGGCCAGUUGAGGCAAGAGAAGAGGCUAAGAAAGUUAGGCUUGUGGAGUGGAUUUGGGAUUUGUAUGGUAAAGGUGAGUUAUUUGAAGGGGUUGAUAAAGGGUUGAACUUGGAGUUUGAUGAGAAACAAAUGGAGUGUUUGAUGGUUGUUGGAUUGUGGUGUUGUCACCCUGAUUUUACUAUGAGGCCUUCUAUAAGACAAGUGAUUAAUGUUUUGAAUUUUGAAGGUGCUUUGCCUAGUCUUCCAUCAAAGUUGCCUGUGCCUAUGUACUUUGCACCUCCUAUGGAGAUGUGUAGAUUUUCUUAUAAUUCUGAUGGUCUUACAAACACAACUAAGGGUUCUUCUAAUUACUCAUCUAUGUCAGCAGGAUCUAGAAAAUCUUUAUUGUAG